UCCACCUAAAUCUAGUCCUUACCUAAUUUUCCAUCACUCCGAAUCAACUUUUCAUCAUGAAAGAAGCUCGUGAGACUCCCACACGCAAGCUCAAAAAUGGUCAUUACGUCGCCAGCACAAUUGAUCGCAAUCCCUCGAAUCGUUCCAAUGGCUAUGGAUACACAACGGCUCCUCAUCGUUCGCAUGCCAAUCGUGCGUAUUCCACAGAUGGCGAAGACAGUCAUCGAGCGCAUUCCGAAGCGGCUUACAGCGAAUAUACGCUCACCAAUGAACGUCCUUAUUCGCGUCAAAAGCUCGAUCCGCACUUGAACGAUGGACCAAGACCUCUUUCGAGUCCCCCGAAACGAACGCCGCCCCGAGCUCCGUCCGCUUUGAGUUACACAGAGGGCGACUAUGGGGGCGGAAGUGAUAUUUAUGUGUCGUCUCCCGUGUACAAAGGCACGCAAGGCAGUCAAAUGAACGGAAGGAGUGCGAGUGUUGGGGCGCCACGAAGCGUUUAUAGCGUCGCAAGCUCCAAAACGGGCAAAGCAAGCUCGAAACGUGGUGCAAAAGUUGAACUUAUGAGUGCUCCGAAUCCGUUUUGCCCGAAUAUUCGGGGAGUUUGUUGUUUGAUGUUGCUCCUGAACUUGGGAUUGAUUCUCAUAACGCUCGGAUUUGUCAUUGUCAUGCAAUUUUAUGAACCAUUCUUUGUAUGGGUUCUUGGAAUAGUUUUCCUCAUUUUCGGUUUUGCAACGCUCAUCGGAUGCAUGAUCUAUUGCGUCACAGUGUGCCGCGAUGCCAAAACCCCUUCGCAAUUGCGUGACGAGGACCUUUAUUGGACAAAACAUUGGCAGAAAAACAUCGGUUAUGUUCCCAACGAGAUCAGCUACAAAACAGACAAAUUCGAUGAACCAGAUGCUUAUUCCGACAAAUAUUCAACGCACAAAAGCGGAAAAUUAUCAAGCAGUAGAGAAAAUAGUCAAGCUAGAUAUUAAGAAAAAAAUUAAGAAUUUUCGCC